AUGGUGCAGAAAUACCAGUCACCUGUGCGGGUGUACAAGCAUCCCUUUGAGCUGGUGAUGGCGGCUUAUGAGCGCCGCUUCCCUACUUGUCACCUCAUCCCCAUGUUUGUGGCGAGUGACGUUGUGAAUGAGGAGACCAGUGAGGAUGGUUCCACCCAGAAGAUUGAGCGCCGCUGUGCCCUGGAUGUGGAUGCCCCACGCCUUCUCAAAAGGAUUGCAGGUGUGGACUAUGUCUACUUCAUCCAGAAAAACACGCUGAACCGAAAGGAAAGGACUCUGCACAUUGAGUCCCACAAUGAGACCUUCUCCAACAGGGUUGUCGUCCACGAGACAUGCUGCUAUUCGGUCCACCCGGAGAAUGAAGACUGGACGUGUUUUGAGCAAACCGCCAGUCUGGACAUCAAGUCCUUCUUCGGCUUUGAGAGCACCGUGGAAAAGAUUGCUAUGAAGCAGUAUGCCAGCAGUAUCAAAAAGGGAAAAGAAAUCAUAGAAUACUACCUAAAGGAGCUGGAUGAUGAGGGGCUCACUCAUGUGCCCCGCUGGAGUCCCUCCUCUCAUUCCCUGCCUCUCUCCAGCCCCACCAGCCUCUCAACGAACCAACCUGAGCUUGGAAUCGUGCCUGCCGAUUCAGUCCCACUGUCUGCAGAUGCCAGGGAUGGACCCUCACAGGAUGCAAAGCAGGACAGCAACUUGCUUCAGAACGACAGCCUCGCAGAGAUUCUGCCGGGGACACCAGAAGACAAGCUGGAUGCAGACUAUAUCAAACGUUACCUGGGUGACCUGACACCCCUGCAGGAGAGUUGCCUGAUCAGACUGCGCAAGUGGCUUCAGGAGACACACAAGGGAAAGAUCCCUAAAGAUGAGCACAUCCUUCGUUUCUUGCGGGCCAGAGAUUUCAACAUGGAUAAAGCGCGGGAGAUCUUGUGCCAGUCUCUGACCUGGAGGAAGCAGCACCAGGUGGACUACCUGCUGGAAACCUGGAGCUCUCCACAGGUUCUUCAGGACUACUACACCGGCGGCUGGCACCACCACGACAAAGACGGCCGUCCUUUGUACAUCCUGAGGCUUGGCCAGAUGGACACCAAAGGACUGGUGCGCGCUCUCGGGGAGGAGUCUUUGCUCAGACAUGUGCUUUCUAUCAAUGAGGAGGGUCUGAGACGCUGUGAGGAGAACACAAAGGUGUUUGGUCGGCCAAUCAGCUGUUGGACAUGUCUAGUAGAUCUGGAGGGGCUGAACAUGCGUCACCUAUGGCGACCAGGAGUCAAGGCGCUGCUGAGGAUCAUCGAGGUCGUGGAGGCAAAUUACCCUGAGACUCUAGGACGGCUGCUUAUAUUGAGAGCUCCAAGAGUCUUCCCAGUCCUUUGGACACUGGUGAGCCCAUUUAUUGAUGAAAACACCCGCAAGAAGUUCUUGAUCUACGCAGGCAAUGACUAUCAGGGUGCUGGAGGUCUCGUGGACUACAUAGACAAGGAAAUCAUUCCGGAUUUCUUGGGAGGAGAGUGCAUGUGUGAGGUACCGGAGGGUGGCCUGGUUCCCAAGUCCAUGUACCGCACAGCCGAGGAGGUCGAGAACGAGGACAUCCGUCUGUGGACUGAGAUGAUCUAUCAAAGCGCCAGCAUCUUCAAAGGAGCUCCGCAUGAGAUUGUGAUCGAGAUCAUCGAUGCCUCCUCGGUUAUUACCUGGGAUUUCGAUGUGUGCAAAGGCGACAUUGUUUUCAACAUCUACCACUCAAAGCGAGCUCCGCAAGUACCACGCAAAGAUAUCCAGGGAACCCACGGCAUCACCUCCCCAGGAGGCAACAACGUGCAGCUCAUUGACAAGUCCUGGACGCUGGGUCAGGAUUACAGCAUGGUCGAGUCUCCGCUCACCUGCAAGGAGGGCGAGAGUGUGCAGGGUUCCCACAUAACGAGGUGGCCGGGUUUCUACAUCCUCCAGUGGAAGUUCCACAACAUGGCGGCCUGCUCGGCCACCAACCUGCCCAGAGUGGAUGACGUGCUGGCCACCCUCCAGGUCUCCUCACACAAGUGUAAAGUCAUGUACUACACUGAGGUGUUGGGCUCUGAGGACUUCAGAACGGCUUGCUGUGAUGUGCAGAGUUUGGGAUCUAUGACCAGCUUGGAGUCGAGCCACAGCGGCUUCUCUCAGCUUAGCGCCGCCACCACCAACUCCAACCAAUCCCAGUCCAGCUCCAUGAUCUCCAGGUAGAAACUGGUGUCAGAGGACUUCAAUUCCCCAAACCCACGUCCCUCCUCGACUGCCCAUACCGUCAACACGGACGCCAACUUUUCCUAUCCCCAUACCCUUAAACCAUCAUCUUUGGACUCUGUUCCUAUUGCACAGCCAGUCUCUGUGGAACUGAUGCAUGCUUGCACAAACGGAAGACAAAGAAUUAAAAAAAAUUCUGAGGCAAAAAGAAACUAAAUGUACAAUUUAAAGGGCUGAUUUUUGCACAAAGGGUCAUAUAUUUUCCAUGCCUGGCAUCUCAACUGGGCAGCAGUUUGAAUAAGACCAUCAGCAGAAUGUUUUGUGCACGAUGGAGCGGAUAAAGGCCAGGAGGUGAGGAGUGGUGCCUUUCAGGCACCAGAAGCUGACAGAAAGCAAUAUUCUCAUCCUACGGAACAGGAUGACGACACUGGAGGCGCUGUUACAUAUAUGCAUUUACACGUGCACACACAUACACAGUACCGAGGCGACGCAUACCUCAUUCAUGUGCGUCUGCUGAUAAAGACUGGAUGAGCUGUUACAUACGAACGCCACUCGGGCACAAACGCACACGAGAACGUUUGACAUGGAAAAAAGUUGACAGUGUUUGCCAUAUUGUUACUGGAGGGUUUAUUGUCUCUGGGGAGCUGUAUAUAGGUCAAAUGUGGGUGGGGUGAACAUCUAAUAGAUCUGGGUCAAAUAAGAUCAGCUGUCUGUAUCACAACAGUACAGGUGUCAGUGACUUCGGCAAUUGCCAGGUAAAAUCUUCCCGGCUUGCUCCUGUGGCUGAGUUGAGCUUUCUGACACUCAUUGCAUUGCUGUACAGGUUGCAUCACAUCUUUUGAAUAUUUGACCCAAAUCUGACGCUUAGCAAAGUAAAUCCACUAGAAGCAAUAACACAAGUUUGACUUUCUACUGUGUGAAAUAUUUCUAUUUAACGUGAAAAUGUAUGAGGAGAAUCAUUUACGGUGGCCCCAAGGUGCAAAACGCAGUAACAAAAGUCAAAAUGCUACAUUUCAGAAAACAGGAUGACAAACCUUAUACCAGUAACAUUUCUGAAAACGGGACAUUUGAUGCAUUUUUUUUUUUUUUUUGAAUUGGCAGAACCAAAGUACCUGAUGUUACAGUGAUGUCAUUUCCUGUUUUAGUAAUACUUUCAGAGGUUUGACAUGAAUUUAAAGUUUGAAAGGAUGGAAUAAAAAAAGUUGAUAAAGGACAUUCAGAAAUGAGUAUUAUGAGAGUCAAAGACUUCAACUAUCAAAGUGAUGUAGGCCCAGUGCUGAAUAACCAAAGAUAAAAAGGCAGCACUCACAAUACUUCAGGCGUAAGUUGACAGAUCCCACAUUUUCUGAGUCAUUCCUGUCAUGUGACUAAACUUGACUCAUGUUUGACAUGAUUGGUAAAGGUGACUUAUUCCUGAGGUCUUGUGCGAGUGCUACCUUUUUGUGUUUGGUUAUACAACACAGAGGCCGUACUUUGCUUAAGAAAUGUUUGCGCUCUGGCUACAGUCCUAACCAGCAUGCACACGCCGCCCUGUUAUCUCGGUGUGUUUUCACGGUUUGAAAGGACAUUUUAAAGUCGCGUCAAAAAGUACAUCAUGAUUGUCCUUUGACUUUGGUUCGGGUAUUUCAAAAACAAUGUCUUUACCUCGUCUUGUGCAGUGAAAUGUUGUCUUUUUCUUUUUAAGUCUGCUUUGCACCGCUGGGCCAACGUCAUCACUGGUGCAGAUUGCAGAUGAACUUUUUCUUGCGUACAGGCGCACAGACGGGCAAACUCGAGUCGGUAAACGGCUGAAUUCUGUGGCACCACCGUUUCUCGUCUACAGACUUUUUGUCAGGAGUGAAACAAAAAUAAUUUGCCAGAUUUUCUCCUCGACACGUGCUCUGUCCUCGUAGUAAGGGAUGCACUGACUGUGAAAUACUAGGCCGUAAUCCAGCACUGAUACUGACAUUUUUUUUUAGUCUUUAUAUUGUUUUUUUUGUUCCAGGUGAAAGAAAAAGAAAAAAAAAAAAACUUUAUUUAAAAAAAAAAAUGCAUGUGUUUUAGCUCUUCAUGGAACAGUUUUUGAACAUUUAGCCAGCGCAAAAGUCAGUAACGCCAUCUUAUCAGCUGAUACUUGGCUGAUUCAUCGGUGCAUCCCUACCUCAUGCUUUGAAAAUAUAUGUAUAAAAAAUCAUCUUAACGUGGAACGGCUGCAGUUCGUUUGCUUCCUGUCGAGCGUCUGCACAUUUGAGGAACUCAAGUUAAAUGAAGCAGUCAAGGAAAUGCCUUGUCACUGAUUGGUGAAUGUGCUACUGAUUGGUUAGCAAGCGCCAGCCAAUGAAAUGCCUGAAUUUGGAUGGUUGUGGUGAAUUGGGCGGAACUGCCAUCGUUACGUUUCCAGAGUGAUGUAGAUUUCAGUGUGCUUUAGGGGUGAAUGUUUCUUUUCGUGAUUUAUCAUUUGACGGCGCACCAGUAGACCACAUUGAUACUGUACAAGUGCUAGUGUUGGUUUGUUUGUGUUUUGGAGACACUUGAUGGGUGAAGUCACGUGGUGAUUGGGUUUACGGAUCUCUUAUUUAAGAUUUAAGAUAUAGCCAUUUUAAGAGCCAUGUGUCAAUAAAUAAUACCAUUUUAGCCUUUGUAAGCAUCACUUAGUCACCACUGUAACAGACAAGCGAUCGUGAGUCAAAUGAACAUUUCAUUUUCUUUUUUAAACGUGUUCUAUUUGGUUGAUGAGCAUUGAUGACUUCGCACAGAUCAGACUCCCCGUCGAGGGCAGAAAUGUUCAACUUUGCCAAGAGUCAUUGGGUGCUGUUGCCAUGGUUACACAGUGCAGCUGACAACAACGGCAAAAAAAUAAAAGCGGGGGGUUUUUCCUCAUAGAUAUAUACACACAGAUGCCACACUGGUUGUUGCUCCUCGCUGUAAUGACUCCACGCAGCACCACGUUGCUCGGGGGGAGCACACAUCUGCACACGAUCACGGAUCGUUGUACCUCGCUGAAUUUUCCACAGAUUUUCGAGCAGUGUUUAUGAUACAUGUGCUGAAACGGUUAAUAAUGCUUAAAAUAACGUUACAGUCCGGCAGCUGCUUCUUUGUGACACUCUGCUGUAAAAAGCAACAGGAUUACUCCAUCGCUUUAACGUGUCUACUGUCCCGUCAAAGUCUGACUUGAAAAGAGAGCUGCAGAUGAGCCAGUGUUGGUCUUUCUCUCACUCCUGCAGUCUGUCUUUAUUCUGUGGGACUCUUUAAACAAAACAAGUCCCACCUAAAGCAGCUCUGUAGGUUUCUGUAGCUACAGUUCAGGUAUAGGUCACAUGGGUUUCUAGAGUCUUUCUAGAGCAUGUUGGAGCUCUCGGACCGAAUAUCAGAUCAAAUAUUUAAUGAUAAAUAAAAUACGAAUCUCCUUUUCUUUAGCUGGUAUAUGACAGUGUUAGCUUGGGACUACUUUUUAGCAUACCAAAUUAAAGACAUUCGUAACGGUAAAACAAGUUCUCGUCUGUGGAAAGUUUUAGCAUUUCUUUCAGUGAAACAUCAAAAAGAAGCACAAAAAUUUGGCGUUAUUUAUAGGACUGGAUGACAGGAAAUGCUCAGAGCUCGUGAGCAAGACAGCUGUGGCAUCUGUGUUCAUAUGUGUUUUCCCUCCUAUGGAAAAAAGGAAAAAAAAAAAGGACCUUGCCUGUUUUUGAUACAUAAACUGCUUUUUUUUUUUUAAUAGUUACUGGUUAACUUGUGGUAUCUACAUGUCAUUAACUGCAAUAACAUGAAUUGUUUUACUGAGUGGCCCUCUUCGUGAUGAGGGCUACGGGUGUGUGAUGGGGUAAAGGGGUGAAUGUUAAUUACAGUGGGGGGAGGAAGAUGCCUGUAAAAUGUGUUUCUCCACUCUUCUCUCGGCACACUUGACUUCACCUGGUUAUUCCUUCAGGCGAUUUGAUCUUCAUCUCUUCACAGGUUUGACUGAUGAGGCAACAGUUCAAACCUGACUACUGCUUUAUAUUCCUUUUACUACUCUCACACUUUCACACUCCAGUUUUGUGUGUAGAUCUUAGAAAGCAGAGUGGACCUUUUUUCUUUCUUUUUUUUAAUUGAAGCUGUAGGCAUAAAUAAGUGUGCUCAGAUGGGAUGGGUUUUCAUUUCCAUUUCAGUUAAUUCUCUUGAACACCAGAAGUUUAACCUGCUUCUCUGACUUUAGCUGUUGGAGGGUGAGCGCCUCUCACCAACAUCUCACUGAAAAAUGAGGGCUAUAACUGUCUGUCGUGACUGUUCAUCACAUUCGUCAGUCUCUCUGCUCCGUGUUCAUCUUUGCAUAUCUUCUCUUUACCUUUGUGUGAGAUAUUGUGUAAAAAAGGAUGUUUGGAUUAAUGAGAAAAUGGUGGCUUUACAUUUUUCAGCAUUAAACUUGAAUUAUAAGAAA